AUGUCAUCAGAGCGAGAUCGGAUGAGAAGAAACAUAAAGUCAAUUGCAAAAGAUUCCCAGAGGACUAUGGGAGCACACGAAACUCAAGAACCAAUGGGACAGGGCCACCCGUCACCUCUGACUGUCUCUGCUGAUCAGAGUCCUAAGGUUCUCGACGAUAUUACCCGUUCCAGUUUGUCAACAAACCUGUCAAGCGGAAGUGGCAAUGAUCAGACACUUGAAACCAAGGGUAACGAAUCUCCGAGCUCCGGACAGGGUGCGUGCCUUGGCACGGAUGCUCUUGGCAAGAGCAUUGAUGAUGGCGGGAUCGGUGCGAGCAAGUCUUCCUGCUCCUCCUCUGCACGCCCUGAACUGCCUGGGGCAGCGGUCGGAGCUUUUCGUCCGGAUCGGCUGAGACGGGUUACGACUGGGCACAUGCAGGAGAGCAUCUGGGCCCAGUUAGCUUCGGACGAGAGGCUCAAAGUCGACUGUAGGGCCAUUUCUGACGACGAACCCAAAUAUGGGUUGUUUGGGACUUCUAAAAGCUCUUUUCCUGAUAGAUUAGGUUGUCUUACCAAAUCUGAGAUCUUGAUUCACAGUAAAGAUAGCAUAGAAGCUAGUAGUGCCACAAAAAACGCUUGCGGGGACCAAUUGGAUACCAUAUCUUUCAAAACACCCAUAACAAAGCCAAUGUAUACUCAAUCUUUUGGAUUCUCGUUUAGUCCAAAGUUUGAGGAAAGGCCUAUCCCGGCAGUAAUACCGCAGGUACCGAGUCCGUUUGAGAAUAUUGAAAAGCAGGGUCGGUCUUCUCUACUGAAGUCGCCAAGACCCAUAGAAGGAUCAAAACACCAUAGUCGGGGAUGCACGAUGGGAUUAGUGCAGAACUUUGGACCCUUCCCUGCCGCUAUGAAGACCAGCAAGGAGACUGGAGACCAACCGCCAAUAUUGGCGACCCCUCCAGUCGCAUCAUAUAUAUCUGAGGGGUGUGGUUCUACCGAGUUCAAAUAUGGCGAGAAUAUGGAAUCCAUAUUCACUGAAUCCGAUCUUUACAUGGCAGACAGCGGCGGAAAUAAGGAUUGCUAG